AUGGAGUCAGUUGAUAUCGACACUUCAGCGACCAACCGGCGAGCAAUCAAACAACAGCAAUUCCAGCAACAGCUGCGAUCAAAGAUCCGACAGCAGAAGUUAAAAGUCACCUUUAUAGGCUAUCUUGUGGUGCUAGUAUUUCUAGCUCUAGUUCAGUUCAUAGGAGUAGGGUUUUUCACAAAGGGCUUCUUACUUCUGCGUAACGUCUUACCCAAUGUAUCCGAGUGUACCACUAAUGACUUCAAUACGUGCAUGGCGCCAGCCCGGUUCGAUAAGGCGAUCUUGUUGGUGAUAGAUGCGUUAAGGUUUGAUUUCGCUAUUCCUAUAGCCGACUCAAAUGAAUACUAUCACAACAACUUCCCUAUACUACAUCAAUUGGCUCAGGAUGAUCAUGGUGUAUUGCUCAAGUUCAUUGCCGACCCUCCCACAACGACCUUGCAACGCUUGAAGGGAUUAACCACAGGUUCGUUGCCAACUUUCAUCGACGCCGGUUCCAACUUUGACGGGGAUGCCAUCGAUGAAGAUAACUGGUUGCUCCAGCUCCACAAGAACAACAAAAGCAUUGCAUUUAUGGGUGAUGACACCUGGUAUGCCUUGUUCAACCACUACAUCAAUCCUGCGUUGAACUUUCCUUACGACUCCUUAAAUGUCUGGGACUUACACACUGUUGAUAACGGAGUCAUAGAGCACUUGUACCCAUUGCUUCACAAGGAUAAUUCGAGCCAGUGGGACCUUCUAGUGGGCCAUUUUCUCGGAGUAGAUCAUGUAGGGCACAGGUAUGGGCCCCGUCACUUUCUGAUGAAGGAGAAGUUAAACCAGAUGAACGAGGUUAUAGCCAAUGUAGUCAAAAGUUUAGACGACAAGACAUUAUUGGUAGUGAUAGGUGAUCAUGGAAUGGAUUCCACCGGUAACCACGGAGGCGAUUCGCCGGAUGAGUUGGAGAGCACCUUGUUCAUGUAUGCCAAAAACAAUAAGUUUUUUAAAAAGGAUUCAAGUCAUUACAACACUACAGAGCAAGGUAAGCAUUAUAGAGCUGUCAACCAGAUUGACUUGGUCUCCACCAUGUCGUUAUUGCUUGGGCUACCAAUACCGUUCAACAACCUUGGUUUCCCCAUCGAUGAGGCAUUUGAAAACCAAAUGGAAUUGUCCGUAGCGUCGUAUAAAACUCUACAACAGAUACAGGGAUUCAGAAACAGUACGCCAAAUUUGUCGCCCGAAAUCAACAAACAAUACCACCAGAUCAUCAGUAAUUAUACUAACAAUUCUCAUGACUUGUACACCUUGGUAGAUCUGGCCAAGACAUACCAGUCCCGUUCUUUAGAAGAAUGCAAAGGAUUAUGGGCGACGUUUGAUUUGAAGAUGAUUGGCGUUGGAAUAACAAUCCUUUUGCUAGCAUUGACUUUUAUCCUAACCUAUGCUAGAUCGAUUCCUGCGGUCAGAGUUCUGACGAUGUCUUUCGAGUUCAUUGGAUCAGUGAUAGCCAUGUCAUUGCUUGGUUUAGUGCUAAGUCUUUCAGUGAGUUUGGUAUUAAAGCCUGCUGAUUUCAACUUGAAAAAAUGCUUAGCCCUCGGUGCUUCUUUGGGAAUAAUUGUCGGAUUCUGGGCCCCCAUAAUGGAUAGAUUCAGCAUCAACUGGCUAGUGCACCAGCUCAUCGAUUUCUUCGUGUACAAUUUCAACAGUUGGUCCUUUUUAGGGUUGGUCUAUGUCGUGGCACAUUGCUUGAUUUUUGCAUCCAACUCAUACGUGGUAUGGGAAGAUAAAAUGGUUCUGUUUUUCUUGAUGACUUUUGGUGUUGCUUGUAUUUUUAACAUUGCUAUCAAUUUCGAGCUUCCGCGUUCACAAAAGAUUUUAGGACUUCUGCAUGCCAUCACAUUUACCCUGUUAACAAGGUUGGUAUCCACUAUUAAUCUUUGUCGUGAAGAACAAAGACCUUACUGCCAGGCUACCUUCACUACGUCUUGGUGGUCCAUUGUGUUAUUGCACUUGUGCUCUUACCUUCUUCCAACAAUCAUCAAGUCAUUCUAUAAGUUGUCUGAUUCAUACCAUUCAGCUGCUCCUUUGUGGGUUGGUACUGGCCUCAAGUUUCUAAUGUUCAUGAAUGCUGUUUAUUGGACCUUAGAAUAUGUUCUGAACAGCGAGUAUUUCUUAUCGACGAGUUUUGUCUUGAGCUCGCCUUUGAUCAAAUCCUUGAAGUUGGCAAUUGCAAGAAUCGUCUUGUUCAUUACCUUGGUGCUUGCAAAUUUUAGUUGGUCCAAGGGUCCUUUGUGUGUCAAGUUAGAGCUCUCGGAUGCCGUACAAGAAGACUCAGCAGAAUCUGAAGAUUCAGACGGGCCACUGAAGACAGCCACAAUUUUAGGAUAUGGCAACGUUUACGGGUCAUCAUAUUUUUUGUUGGUUCUCAACUUUACAGUAGCCAUCAUGUUGGUAUCCAAACCAUUGGGAGCCAUUUCCAUCAAUAUGUUGAUCGUACAAAUCUUGUCGUUGUUGGAGCUAUACCACAUAAUGGACAUACGUAGAAACUUGAUUUCGCCAUUGAUCUUUGGAUUGUUGGGUUACCAGCACUUCUUCAGUACGGGGCAUCAAGCUACUCUUGCUGCUAUUCAAUGGGAUGUGGGCUUCAUGACCACAGAAACCAUAACCUUCCCAUUCACCCACUUGAAUAUUGUGUUGAAUACAUUUGGUCCUUUCUUGAUUAUUUGCUUGUCGGUGCCUUUGAUCACGUUGUGGAGAUUGGCUCCUUCAAGCAAGCCUAUUACCAUCUUGUCGCAAAUCGUAACCAAUGUAACCACUCUUAUUACAUACCAGUUGUUCACUGGGGUGUCCAGCUUAAUAUUUGCAGCUCAUUUUAGAAGACACUUAAUGGUGUGGAAAAUCUUUGCACCCAGAUUCAUGUUGAGCGGAUUGUUGAUCAUAACCAUAAACAUUUUCGUUAUCGUCGUGACGUUGUGGUUUGGAACAGGCAGGGUUGUAACCCAAGUGAACAGAAUCUUUGGGAAGUAG